CAACGGUCCCUGUACCACCUCCUGAAGAAUCAUUGCUCGAGUUCGAUUUCAACACCUUCUCCAACAAUGACUCGAUGAGACGGUGGCAGCCGGGUGGCACAAUCACUACAUUGGACUUGCAUCGUCUAUUUCACCACUUAUUCAAAGUCAUGACUACGUAGAGAAAUCUCUUGCGGAACACAUCUCCCGUCAACCCAUUCAGCCCAGGCACCAUGGGCCCUAUCGAGUUGAACAAGCGACGCAUCAUCCUCCUCAUCGCCAGUAUACUCGCCUUCUACAUCGUCUUCCAUGGCCUCUCAUCCUCUGGUAACGACUUCCGGGACGUCGCUUCCCACAUACCCAUUCCAGGCCAUUUGAACCCUACCGAACAUAAACUACCCCCUUCAGCGCCCGAUCCAGACUCUAUAUGGGACUUGGGACCUGAUCCUUCUCCUGCGCCCGAACCUGAGCCUGAGCCUGAACCCGAGCCGGAGCCUGAGUCCGAACAUGAGAUUGAAACCGAGAAACCGACCCCUCCCACCUCUCAACCUAUCGAGCACUUCGACUUGCACCCGAUUGCCCAGUUGAUGCAAGAAGCCGACGAUGCGUGGCGGACCUACGAGACAGGGAUUUCAACAACCUUUAGGCAGACGGUGGAGAAAUACAGGAGCAAAUAUGGCAGACAUCCUCCGCCGGGAUUUAAAGACUGGUAUAAAUUUGCACGGAAGAGGAAUGUGUUCAAUGUCGACGAUUUUGAACAAGUCAUGGAUGACCUGCGCCCCUUCUGGGCGAUCAAUGCUUCCCAAAUCCGCAUCCAUGCCGCCCACAUGUGGGAAAACCCCGACUUUGGUGUCUCGGUCAUUCAUAUCCGUAACCACAAGGUGGUCAGGGUGGACAACCCAAGUUGGAGAUCCGAAACCAUGGAGAAAGUCAUCGAGAAGUUUAUCAAAUUCCUUCCGGACAUGGACAUUCCUAUGAAUAGAUUGGAUCAACCGCGGCUUAUUGUGCCUUGGGAAGACAUGCAAGAAUUAUUGGAAAAGGAGUACCACACACGCGUCAUGGCGCCCGAGGUCACCGACAGCUUUACCAAGGAUCAACCGGAACUCCUGGAUAUGAGCUUCGAAGACAAGGAACUGGACCACUCCACUAGACUGAGUGAAGACUGGAUCUUUGCCGCCGGUCAGCAGUACAUGAAACUUGCAGCCAAAGGCUGUCCUCCAGAAUCUCCCGCACGGGCGCAGAUGACUGUGGCAGAGGCGGAUGCUCUGUACAAGGAGCCCACGCUUGGAUUUGUGAAGAACUUCAACCUCUCGACCGACCUUUGUACAGUUGGUCCGACUAUUCAAGAUCUGCAUGGCAUGUUGUAUUCCGCAAGCAGCAUCAUCGCUUCCCACAAGCUGGUGCCCAUCUUUGGCGAAUGCAAGGUUAGCGUCAACAACGAUAUUCUCUUCCCAGCAAACAUGUAUUAUCAGCACGACGAGCGAUAUGAUUAUGAUGGGGAGGAAGAUGUUGAUUGGCGCGACAAGCAAGAUAAUACCAUCUGGCGCGGCGUCACUUCUGGUGGUGUCCAACUCGAGGAUAACUGGGACAGAAUGCACCGGCAAAGGCUUGUUCAGCUUUUCAAUGGCACCUACAUGCUCAUUACCGGGAAAGAGGUUAAGACUCUAACAGAGAAAGAUGAUGGACCGGGCAAGGUGAACACCACUUACGAGCUUUACGAUCGAUUCAAGCCAUCACAGUUCGCCGAUCGUCAUAGCGAUAUCGGCUUCACCGAGCCAAUGUCCUGUCUCCCGAAUUGCUCGUUCUACAACAGCGUUUUCUCUUGGAAGCCACAAGUCCCGCUCACUUCACAGUUCAAAUCGAGAUACUUGAUCGAUGUCGAUGGACACUCAUUCUCAGGCCGUUGGCACGCUUUCCUACAAAGCAAGAGUCUGGGACUUAAGGCUACUAUCUUCCGCGAAUGGCACGAUAGUCGACUUCUAGCAUGGAGACAUUUUGUUCCCGUGGACAACCGAUACGACGACAUAUACGGGCUCCUGACAUACUUUAUUGGAUAUGGCAAACCCUACAAACAGCACGCCGAGGAAGGCGAAGACCCGAAUCCCCGUGUCUUCGUUGCUCGGCAUGAUAGAGAGGCACAGAAGCUCGCUCGGCAGGGCCGCGAAUGGGCAAACAAGGUGCUGAGAAGAGAGGAUAUCGAGGUGUACAUGUUCCGGCUACUUCUGGAGUAUGGACGCUUGACUGAUGACAAUCGAGACUUUAUUGGUUACUCCGGCGAUGGCAGUGAGUUGGACAAAUUUGAUGAGGGUGAAGGAGACGAAAGCAGAUGGGGCAUUGGAGGAUGGUGAAGAUCCUUAAAUCGAGACUUCUAAGAAGAAUGGCGCAGAUUCCGUUCCCACAACCCAAGUCGGAUCCAUCCUCCACAGGGAGAUCCUGCUGUACAUUUUGUGCCGUCAAUCAGCUAUGUGCAGAGCACAAGCGCGACCACCAGCAGCAGUGUACAGGAAAUCUAGGGAACAGAACGCGCUCAUCUCUCGACCAGCGUGAUACCAGCGCUGGAGACCGAACCGCGACGCAGCCUCCACAAUUGCCCCCCAUUUGGUAUAAAGCAAAUGCGGAUCUUGGUUGCACGUUGAAAGGACACAGUCAGAGGCUGGAAAAGGAGACGUGGAAAAAGGCCGCGAUGUACUAUACAACGAAUGAGCGUUUGACGGGUUUGGUUCCUUUUUGGCUGGCGCACUCCCAAUGCUAAUGGGAUAGAGGCUAUACCGAGUACAUAGGCACGCAAUAAGCGUCUAAUAAAUCUGUUAAAACAGGCGGACGGUGACAGAAUGGAAGCAAGUCUGAACUAGACCGCGUACGGAGCA